CAGGUAGAACUUCCGGUUGUGUUUCCCCGUGCGAUUACUGAGAAAUGCCGGUGCACAGGGCAGGAACGGUCACAACACCCUGGGCGCGCGGUGGGGCAACAGAUGCACGGACGGAGGAAAAAAACCUUGUGAGGACACUCAACAACAAACAAACAAUGGAAGCAGCAAGGGUAGGGCCAACGUUACUGACAGAUGCCCACAAAUCUCCGAUGACGGCCGAACCAUCUACAGUAAUUCCUGAACAGCGUUCUGCGGGGCUUGGGUCAGGGUCGGUCAACAUAAAGUGCAAGAGUGAUGCUAUCACGUUACAGCGACAGAGCGACGACCGAACCGAUCAACAGCUCGAAAGGGCGCUAAACCAGGGAGUCACUGAGAACAACAAUGUGCUAUCAGCAAUACAACUUACGGCAGACGUAUCAAACGGAGUUGAUACCCGCAACAAACCGGACAUACACUCCAAUGCGACACUUUUUUGUACCACCGACGUCAGUAAGAAACAAUUGAAAGAAUGUCGCCCGUUGCAUCCGAACAAUGAAAUGCGACGGGACGAUGAUCUCGAUGCAUUGUAUCAGUCCCGACAACAGUGUCAGGACUGUCCUCAAUGUGUGACUCGCAUUUGGCAUGGCCUGGAGCGUCAUCUAGCGACACAAUUGAAAACAUCAAGUCAAACCCUGUCUCUCCGAACAGAGAGCGACCCUGUAGAGGGAGAUACAGGCCUGAAGAUUCAACUGCACACAGAAAGCACGGAAAAAGUCGUAGGAAUUCGAAAUUAUCGCCCCACAAUGGCAAACGAUACGCAGACGACGUGCGUUGAAACGGAUUUUGAAGGGGAUAUUAUGGUCGUGCAGAGAGAGGAGGAAAAUGAAAAACUAAUGGGGAAAGACACAGUGCAGAAGUUCGUUUGCAUAUGGUGCAACUUCGCGACACACAGUAAAACAGCCUUGCAGUACCACAUGAAGACGCAUGAGGGAGAACACUGGCGUCAACAUGUGCAGCCCGUGGCGUCCUUCGGGUGCGACAGGUGUGAUUUUAAGGCCAAGUCUCAGCAGCGUCUUGAGGUGCACCUGCAGCGCCACCACUCGGAGGGAAGCGCCAAGUGCUCCCUCUGUUCGUUUUCGGCCGGUACGCAUCGCGGGCUGAACAUCCACAUGCGCAGGAGACACUCACAGUCAGACCCGGACGACUUGGAGAGGGAGAAAAAUGACGACAUCACGGACCAUCUUGAGAAACACGGCAAGAUUGGACUUCUGCAGUGUCCCGUCUGCGACUACCUCACGAAGUGGAAGAAAAGGGGAACCGUCCGUUCAUGUGCGAGGAGUGUGGGUACAUGCCCGUCACGAAGGACCUCCUGACAAACCACCGCAGAACGCACUCGGGGGAGAAGCCGUACAGGUGUGAACUUUGCGAUUACGCCGCUAGUCGGCGCCACCACCUCCAAGGGCACAUGGCGAAACACGCGCCCGUGAAACCAGAAAGGAAGUUCAAGUGCGAGUUUUGUGACUACGCGGCGGUGAGGAAGUUCCAUCUCGUCCGGCACAUGACGCGGCACACUGGGGAGAAGCCCUUCAAGUGUAACAUGUGCGAGUACUCCACCGUGGACAACUCGCGCCUCCAGGCGCACAUCCGGGCUCACACGGGGGAGAAACCGUUCCGCUGUUCCACCUGCGACUUUGCCACGGCGAGAAAAGACCACCUAAAACAGCACAUGACGUGUCGACAUAAACAAACAAACUAACAAACAAAUAGAUAAAUAAAGGUAAAUGAGCAGUAGGAGGACUCACAAAAGAACUAUAGGCACUACUGGUAGUUUUCAAGUGCAUGACCAUGAUUCAUUUUGAUCAAGGGAUUGGUUUGGGGUUGCCUAUCUGUGUGUCUGUCUGUUGGUGUUUCUGUAAAAACAAUGCUGUUUAUUUGUCUGGGAAACUCGAAGGGUCAAAAUGAGGUAUGAGGAUUGCCUUCCA